GAACGCGAGAUUUCUUCGGUAUCCAGGGAGACGACGGCGGCGUUGUGUGUCUCUGCAGUGAGGAAGAGGCUGUGUGUGUGUGUUUCCUUCUCCUUCAGGGGAUGUUUGCGUUAACCGGAGAGCAUUUUACACGAUGGACCUGCCGGAGACGCUCAGAAAACGCUUAGAGGACUUCUCUCGGAACGUUUUGUUUGACCAGAGUCGGACACAACCUCUCACCAAGGAGAACGACCCGUUUUCUCCUCACGACAAGCGGGUCCUGUCCAGUCUCCACCUCCAGAUGUCUCUGUACUUUAACAUGUGGUUCUUCCCCUUGUGGUGGAUCAGUGAAACUACAAUGCUGCACCUCAAGUAUCCCGCCCUGCCAGACUACUACAAGUUCAUCCUCGUCACUGUUCUCAUCGUGAUGACUCUGAUCGAGGCCAUUAGACUCUUUCUCGGUUACACUGGGAACCUUCAAGAAAAGGUGACACAUCACUCACACAAACAUAAAGAUAUAACAACAUACACAAACGUGCGAGGCAGAGGUUUUUUAACUCCUGUAACGUCUGUGUUUUUGGGGGGGGAGGUCCCAGAGUUGGCUGGAUUUUGGCUGCUGAGCAUCCUGCUGCAGUUUCCACUCAUCCUGUUUCAGCUGUUCAACGAAGCCAUUCUCAUACUGCCCCUGGAGAGGGGGGUCCACAUAGUUCUCGCCAUAUUCAUACUCACACAGGCUCUCUCUGGUUUUGUGGCGCUCCGAGACAUGGUCAAACACACAGAAAGCCAAUUUCACCUCCGACAGUUUGACUGAAUUCUGACGCUCCUGCCACAUCUGGACCCACCAGGACGUAUUCGUACUUCCCACCUCACAGACAACAAAAAAAUAAUGUGUCACUUUUUGUAUUACAUGUAGUAUAUGCGAUAUUUCCUCCCCAGGAUGGAUCAUUAAAGAGAGAAACAUCUGAACAUAUUUAUUUUUGUAUUUUAUUAACAAUGUAUUCCACGGGAUUGUAUUUUUGUUUUUGUUGGAAUAAAUAAAAUCUACAUAACAAGCA